AUGUGUCAUCAGCAACUGGUCAUCUCUUUGUUUUCUUUGCUUUUGUGGGCAACUCCCCUCAUGGCCAUGUGGGAACUGGAAAAAAAUGUUUAUGUUGUAGAGAUAGACUGGAAUCCAGAUGUUCCAGCAAAAACAGUGGUACUCACUUGUGAUUCAUCUGAAGAGGAUAACACCAUUACCUGGACCUCAGAUGAGAAUGACCAGAUCUUAGGAACAGGAAAGACACUGACUGUCCAAGUGAAAGAGUUUGCAAAUGCUUCUGGCAAAUACAUUUGUAAGAAAGGAGGAGAAGUGCUGAGCCACAAGUUAUUAUUAAUCCGAUAUUCAGAAAAUGGGAGCUGGUCCACUGUUAUUUUAAUAGCACAAAAAGAGACCCAAAGUAAGAGUUAUCUGAAGUGUGAGGCCAAGAAUUAUGCUGGAACUUUCACUUGUUCCUGGUUGACAGAAAAUAGUUCUGACCUAAAAUUCUCUAUUAGAAGCAGCAAAGGGUCUACAGAUUCCGGAGAGGUGACAUGUGGACCCAUUGUGCUCUCUGAAGAAAAAGUCAAACACAACAACAAGGAAUACCGAAAAUAUACAGCAGAUUGCCAAGAGGUCAACGCCUGCCCAUCUGCUGAAGAAAGCCAACCAAUUGAGGUUGUCCUGGAUGCUAUUAAGAAGCACAGAUAUGAAAAAUAUACCAGCCGUUUCUUCAUAAGAGAUAUCAUCAAACCAGACCCACCCAGGAACCUCCACAUCACACACUUAAGAGCUAAGAAUGUCAAAGUAAGCUGGGACUAUCCUGAGACCUGGAGUACACCCCAUUCCUAUUUCCCAUUGACUUUCCAAGUUCAAGUUCAUGGCAAAAACAAGAAGAAUAGCAUCACCACAGAAGCUUCAUCAGCCUCUGUUGAAUGCUCCAAAGGGAAGACAAUCUCGGUGCAGGCCAAGGAUCGCUACUAUAAUUCAUCCUGGAGCAAAAAGGCAUCCGUGUCUUGUUAAAUUCCCAUGAUGCAACACUGGAUGAAAAGAAGAAGAAACAAAGCAAAUAGGAGGGGGAAAAAGAUCAAGUGAAAUGAAAUGUGAAUGUCCUCUGCCAGUUUUUACUUUUUUUUUUUUUAUGGAUUAUGAAGCUGUCUUACUUUUUAAAUUUUUUUAUAUUUCAAUGCCCAAUGAACCAAGCAACCAGUUAAUUUAAGCUAAAAAAAAGUGUUUAGCUUGAUACUAUUUAUUUAUUUAUGCUUUUCUUCAUUCAUUUAUUUAUCUGAGGUUGGGUCUCACAUUCCCUCAGGCUGG